AUUAAGCUUUGUUAUUUAUAAAUUAUUAAAAAAAACCAUAAGUAGUAAAAGUAAUAAUCUUUCCAUCGAUUUUACAUAGAACUUGUUUGCUUGAAGUUGGGUUAGCAAUGGCGGAUAAAGGAGGAAAUGGGUUUUCCAUUCGUAAGGGAGUGUCCUUUAAUGGAAGUUUUGAUGACUCUACUGGAUUAAAGAAGGGAAGGAAAGUGCAAUUCAGUAAUCAAGUUAAUCAAGAGUUCCCUGCAAACAUCUCAUCAAACUCUGGAGGAAACUUACAAGGUGAUCCGGAUAAAGUGGGCAAGGGAGGAAAGGGUGUGAAUAGUGGCAAGAGUUCUGGCCGGAAGGAACCUGCAAAAUAUGUACUCAAUAUUCAGUCAGAGCUUCCAAAGAACUCCCGGUGUGUGAUGGAUUGUGAGGCAGCAGAUAUCUUACAAGGAAUCCAGGAGCAAAUGACUUUUCUCUCUCGAGAUCCAACCAUCAAACUUCCUGUAUCAUUUGACAAGGGACUACAAUAUGCAAAAACCGGAGCACGAUAUUCUAAUCCCAAGACUGUUAGAAAAGUUCUUGCGACUCUCAAGAAGCACGGAGUUUCUGAUGCCGAGAUAUGCAUUAUUGCCAAUACUUGUCCCGAGACUGCUGAAGAGGUUUUUGCCCUGGUUCCUUCCCUGAAGACCAAGAAAAGCAACCUUACCGAACCACUUGAAAACAUCAUAGCCAAGCUGGUUAAGUUGAAGUUGCCAGCGGAAACCUUUAAAGACUAGGGAGAAAUGUAGUAAUCAAUGCUAGAAGCAUAACGAGCUUGGCUUCAGUACGUAUGUGUGGAUUCGUUUCUUCUACUUUUAAUCAGCAUUUGGUAGUUUGUUUUAGUUUUGAAAACAAUAUUAGGUUUUAUUGGAUGCGAAUCCUCAAUCCUGAACUACAUGUAAAUCCUAACUGUAUGAACCAUCCAUUUGUGAACCUGUUCAUUGCUCCUUUGAAGUUCUUGUUUAAAUUCA